AUGGAAAAUAAAUACCACCAAACAAGAGAAGAUCUAAGUACAUCAUUAGGCUAUACUGAAGAGGUUAGAAAUUCGCUGACUAUUUCUAAGCCAAAUCUAGAAUUAAUUCGACAUGAUCGCCAGGAACGAGUCAAUAAAAUUAUGAAGGCUAAACUAUCUCUCGAGGCAUCAGCUGCAAUCAAAAUACAGUCUUACUUUCGCGGAAUGUUAGCCCGCCGAGAGUAUCUUAAAAGGCUGAUACAAAAGAUGGAAGAGGAAGCGGAGAAAAUGGAAAGAAAACGAAUGGCGCAAGUUGAAGAAGGCGAAAUGUUGAUUGAGAACAUUUAUAGUCAGGGAAAUAAAUUUGCUAUUUUAAUCAUCAGCUAUCGCUUGCGAGCAGAAUUCGAAGACAAUAAAGCAGUAAGAAGGAAUAAAAAAAGAUUAUAUGAAACACAGGUUACAAGGAUUCAACGGGCUUGGAGAGGAUUCAAACGUCGACAAAGUCAGGCGUCGCUUGCUGAUGAAGAAGUCAAUCAAGAAGAGAAACCUAUUGAAGAUGAUAAGAACGAAAACUCAAAUAUGCCAUCUAAAAUAGCUGAGCUAGUUGCUGAAGACGUUAGUGAUUAUAGUGUUACUACAAAUAUAGAAGAACAAGUCUUUAACGGAGGUCAACCAAAAUCAGAGAUGGACGUGAUAGCGAUAUUAUUAUCAGAGAUAAUUAAUAAAGCGAUAGAUAACGAAACAGAAAGCCAAACCGAAUCUCACACAAUUUCGCGAGAUCAUCACUCAAAAAUUAAUGAGCACAAAGCAGUUUUUGACGACGAUAAGUUAGAUAUUUCUUCUGAUGAAAAAAUACAAUUGAAUGCUACUCCAUUACCCAAUGACAGUAAUUUAUCUAAUAAGGAUAUUCAGUCUGAGGCAGGAUUGAAUAUCGAAAGUAUCCAAAAGUCCUUCGGUGAUGGCUACAAGCCAUUACUCAAUUAUUCUAACGAUGAUUUGAGUGAGAAAAAAGUGAAACUAGAAAAUUUGAUCCAAGAUACGUCCAAAAGCCUAAUCCUACUUCUAGUAGAGCAGGAUGAACUGAAAUCGGCUAAUGUUGCAUUAACUACUCACGUUGAAGAGUUAACUCGGUAA